CCUUUUAGAAUUAUUCUUACCAAGCUUAUCAAGUAAUAUAUAGGAGGCGGCGUCGUUUUGCAGUAGGUCAUGGUCCGCAACUAGUUCCUAGAGAGAGAAAAACAGCAUAGCUAGUUAGGGCGAGAAAUUGAAUCGGCGACAAUGAUCUACGACGUGAACUCUCCCCUCUUCCGAUCCUUCCUCAGCCAGAAGGGCGGCUCCUCUGACAAGAGGAAAAUGGAAGAGCAAAAACCGAAGGAGCAGAAACCCAAGGCAAAUGAGAAUAAGCCUAUUAUGACAGAGUGAUAUCUGCUUGGGCUAUAAUGUUCUAAAUGGGAUAGGGUGGAAGUUUUCUUUACUCUAAUGAUAAGAGUUGGUAAUUACAUGGUUAAACCCAUGGUCAUGACUUUACUGUUGGGUUUGUAAUGGUCUCUGUUUGGACGUGUAGCUGUUCCUUUUUUUUAAUCUGAGUAUGGAUGUUCUUGUU